AUGACCAAAGCCGAACGUCGUGCGCUUCAAGAAAAGCAGCGCGCAGAGAAACAAAGCCGUGCUGCUGCAGGAUUACCCAAGUCAGCGAAAAAGGCUGCCGAACUCGAAGCCGCGAAAAAAGCCGUGUCUCCCAAACCUCAGCAAGCGCCUGCCACAGCCGAAGAUAAGCAGAUCAAAAAAGCACAGAGCAAAACUCAACAAAAUCAGGUCCCCUGGUUGUUGCAUUUGGAAUCACCCAAACGGCCCGAUACGGCAGCCAGCAGUGGCGAUCUGCAUCCCGCCGUGAUCGCCCUUGGAUUAUACUUUUCAGAAUUCAAGAUUGUUGGCUCCAACGCCCGCUGUGUAGCCAUGUUGGAAACUUUUGCAAAGGUUAUUGAGGAGCAUCGAUCACCUCCCGACGCGACAUUUUCACGACACAUUCAAAAGCAUUUGGAUCCGCACAUUGCGUAUUUGUUGGGCACACGUCCCAUGUCGUUAAGUAUGCGUGAAUGUAUUCGUUGGCUGAAAAAGGAGAUGGCCGAUAUCGUUGAGGAAGAACCGCCUCUUUCAGAUGACGAAGCCCGCAGCCGAUUGAUUGAGCGUAUUGGUCACUUUAUUCGCGAACGCAUCACCAUGGCCGAUCAGCUGAUUAUCCAGAAUGGAUUGCAAAAGAUUCAAGAUGGCGAAGUCAUUUUGACUUAUGGAAAAUCGUCGGUUGUUGAAGCGUUGCUAUUGGAAACCAAGAAGAAAGGCAUUGAUUUCAAAGUGAUCGUGGUGGACAGUCGCCCAUUGUUUGAAGGCCGACGUUUACUGAAGCGAUUAGUCGCAGCUGGCAUCGACUGUUCGUACCAUUUAUUAUCCAGUGUUUAUGUGGCGCUCAAGUCGGUAACAAAGGUGAUUAUGGGAGCUCACGCACUGCUGAACAACGGCGCCGUGUAUUCUCGUAUCGGCAGCGCCAUGGUGGCUAUGGCUGCCAGCGAUAAACAGAUACCAGUCAUGAUUUGCUGUGAGACUUACAAAUUCGUCAACCGCACUCAAGUGGAUUCAUUUGUGAUGAACGAAAUCGGCAACGCAGAUGACUUGGUGAAUACCAAGCCUAAUCUAAAUGCACAUCAUCAGAACCACCCUUCACCGGACGCUUCAGCUUUAUUCAAUUGGCGCGAUCAGCCCAAUUUACGAUUACUUAACUUACUAUAUGAUGUCACCCCAUCAAAAUAUAUUACCUUGGUAGUGACUGAAGUUGGAUUAAUUCCCUGCACAUCGGCUCCUGUGGUAAGCAAACUGUAG